CUUGCGCCGUCCGGAUAAGCUUCGUCCGGGCGUUGGAUUUCCUCCGCCCCUCUGUAGCGCCCGUGAAUCUGAAUGUCCUUUGAUUGCUUUGCGCUUUAAAUGCUUACGUAAAUUAAAAUGCUGGUCUAAUGCUGGACUACAGCCAUGAGUUCACACGUGAACUUCAGAAGCCCUGUGGCUGACCUCUGAGAAAGGAGACAUUCAUCUAACUGCAUGUGAAGGUGUUUGAAGUUUAGUUUGCAGCCAUGUCAAUCCAACGUUCAGAUGGGAUGUCCAUUGCCCAUGCUUUGGCCAUGACUGUAGCAGAGAUCCCUGUGUUUCUGUACUCUGCAUUUGGACAGUCAGUUUUUUCACAACUUAAGCUCACUCCAAACCUAAAGAAGGUGCUGUUUGCUACAGCACUUGGAAGUGUGGCCUUGGCUCUCACUGCUCACCAGCUAAAACGACGAGGGAGAAAAAGAAAAGCAAAAGAAACCCAGAAGACUGUAGGAAUUCCAGAUGCUCUGAUUAAAGCAGGCCGGCCCUCAUCACUAAAGCGUGGUCCCCCCACAGGGCGGCAAAUGAUGAGCCCCAGCACUCGCAGCAAUGACACUAUGAGUGGAAUAUCUUCACUUGCUCCCAGUAAACAUUCAAGCUCUUCACAUAGUCUGGCAUCUAUGCGAGUACCAAGCUCUCCAAAUCAGUCAGCAAAACCGACUUUGGAGGAUGAGACUGUUGCAGAAGAAAGAUCAUUAGUAGAAGAUGCAAAUGCAGAGAACCUUUACUUAAUGGGAAUGGAGUUGUUUGAAGAGGCUCUGCGAAAAUGGGAGCAGGCACUGAACAUACGUCACGGCACAGAGUCCACCUCCAGCAACAACAGCCUUGCUUUGAGAGGAGCAAUGCAUGAACAACCUGCUCCGAGUGAAACUCGAAACAAAGUGUUCGCAGAGAAGCUGGAGACACUAUUACAUAGGGCAUAUCAUCUUCAAGAGGAUUUUGGGAGCAGUAUUCCAGCAGAUAGUGUAUUGGCAGACUUUGAAAGUGAAGGCACUCUUAUCUUGCCUUGUGUGGAAAGUUUUCACAGGCUCCAAGAUGAUGAUGCAACUACUGUAACUUCUGAUGACUCUUUCUUCUCUGCUGCAGAGAUUUUUGAUGCUUUAACACUAGAACAAGUCUAUCAACCACUAAGGCCAGCGGCACUUUAUGAGGAAGCUCUUUCUCUUGUACGGGAGGGAAAAGUAGCCUUCAGAUCAUUACGGACAGAGUUACUUGAAUGUUACAGUGACCAAGAUUUUCUUGCCAAACUUCACUGUGUGAGACAAGCAUUCCAGAUGCUUCUGUUGGAUGAAACUCAUCGAACCUUUUUCAUGGAGACUGGGAAACAAAUGAUUGCUGGGCUAAUGGUAAAGGCAAACAAAAGUCCUAAAGCAUUUUUAGAAAGCUAUGAAGAUAUGCUGCUUUACACUAAAAGAGAGGAAACCUGGCCCAUCACUAAGAUGGAGUUAGAGGGUCGUGGAGUGGUGUGCAUGAACUUUUUCGACAUAGUGUUGGACUUUAUCCUGAUGGAUGCAUUUGAAGACCUGGAAAACCCUCCUUCCUCUGUAGUGGCCGUGCUUAGGAAUCGUUGGUUGUCUGACAGCUUUAAAGAGACGGCUUUGGCCACUGCCUGUUGGUCAGUCUUAAAAGCGAAAAGACGUCUUCUCAUGGUUCCUGAUGGGUUCAUCUCACAUUUCUAUGCCAUAUCAGAACACGUAAGCCCAGUCUUAGCAUUUGGAUUUUUAGGGCCAAGGCAGCAUCUAAGUGAAGUGUGCACAAUUUUUAAGCAACAAAUUGUUCAAUAUCUUAAGGAUAUGUUUGAUCACGACAAAGUCCGCUUCACCUCUGCCAACUGUUUGUCUGAGGACAUACUGAACCUCUCUCACCGCCGCAGUGAAAUCUUACUGGGGUAUCUGGGAAUUGAAAGUCUUCUAGAGCUCAAUGGUGCCCUGCCCCAAGAAACAGAGGAAACUUGUGGCAUUCACUGAUGUUGGUUCUUUAAUACUGUUGCACCACAACUGGUUGAAUGUAGGGAGUUUGUCACAAAUGAACAAAAGGUUUCAAAGCAUAGAUCUAUCUCUGCAAAGUAUAUUUUUAAAUGUCCAGUGUCACCAGGAACUUGAAUAUCUUUCAAAUAUGAAUCAAUGCUGUCCUAUAUGAAACUGCUGUAUUGGUCAUAUAAUUUUAAACAUGCAAUCACUGGCAUUUAUGAUAAUUGUGUAGAUUUCAGAACCAACCAUUUUGCCUUUUUUAAAGGUAGUUUACAUAAUUAUUUGUUGAAAAGAACAUAUCCACCCAUAAAUGUUUGAACAACCCUGAAAUGGCAGAUUUUUAUUAUGUAAAAAACCCCAAAACUAAUUGGUCUAUAACACACAACCUAACCUAACCCACAUAUGGAAAACCAGAGACGGUCUCAUGUACAACUGCAGAAUAUAAGAAAAAGGUGAUAUUGGAUAACUAUGUUUAUUAUUGCAAUAAUUAUAUUAUUGCAAUGUUUAAUCAGGGAGGCAACAAUAUUCAAUAUUAUAUUCAAUCGUUCAAUACAACCAUCACAAUACAAUGCACAUGUAUGGACGCACUGCACACUCCAGUGCGUUAAAUCCUACUUUGAUACAGGAAACAAACCGCCCCAUAAAUUAUACUUCUUUCAGCUAAAUUACCUUUUGUUCAUGAACAAAAACUAGACUCAUAUGCAUCAUAUAAACCUGGCUUUUUGACAGGUGCGUGUGACUUUUAAAGAAGAAUCAUAUAGUUUCAGUGAUGAUGUGGGGUCAAUAAACCACUGGAAAACGGCAUAGGCUUAUAACAUUCUGACAAACACAUUUAAGAAAUGUAUGUAUUCAUUGAAAUUAUAAUAUGAAAGAAUUAUAGUAUGGGGAUAUUUUGAUAUGCAUCUACCUCGGAAGAGAGUUUUCAGCUUGAUUUUUAUUGUUUUAAGAAUUAUAAUUUAGUACAACAAAAUAAUAAUAAUCAAGGGUAAGUUAAAUUUUCAAUACCAAACCUCUGGCCUAAGGAACUAAUUUUUGAGGGUGACAGUCUUAAAAUAAUGUUAAUUAAACGCCUAAAAUCCAUGUACUUUAUUUCUUUCCAGAAUUUUGACACAUUUUCGUUUUCACCCAUUAACUGUAGGACAUGUGAUAAGCCUUUAACUUUAAACAUUGGUGCACUUUAUUGGAAAAUACCAUCAUGGGAAUGCCUUCAGUAUUUUGCGUUGCUCCACUCCAAAUGUAUGAUUUCUGGUUUAUUCUAUUUUUCUUUGCAACAUAAUAGAAAAAGUAAAUGUUUAGAAUGAGUUGUUUUGUCAAAUCCUCUCACAGGCCUUGCUCCGCUGCAUGUGAAGAAUUACAAUGGUCUUACUGCAUUUGUAAAAUCUGCAUUUAGACACAAAUAGAAACACAAUUUUGACUGUCCUUGCCUUCUUCAUAUUUGAAAAUUGAAAAUCAUAAUAUGAAGAGCAGAGUUACAAAUAUCCCAUGUUUGCCUUUUAUUUAUUUUUUGUCUACUUAUGCCAGUACCAAGUGUAUAUUAAAUUAAAUCCUAUUUUUUGUUAUCAAAAUAUUUGAUUUUUCUAAUGUGCCGUCUUUGAAAUUGUCAAAUCAACAUAAUAAAGAAAAUCAUAGAACAACCAUG